GGCAGUUCCUAAGGCUGCUGGACAGGCUGCAAAUGCUGACCAAUUGGAGCGCAGCGGCGGGACCCCCCAGCUCGUCUUGUUGGUGUACAAGCACGGGUAGCCUCUGCCCGUUUCCACCCCGUUCUGUGUUUACGGAGGAGUGGUUCAGCCACUUUGCUCAGAAGAGGAGAAAUAAUUCUUCUCCAAUGUCAGAUUUUAGAAGCAACUAUACUAUUAAUUCCAUCCUCCUUCAAGUCCAGUUUUCAUACUGUAGUACAUCAUUGGGAAAAUCAUUGGCUGAAUGAGGCUGAGCUUUUCAGAUUGUAAAGGAACAAUGAAAACAUUGGUCAUUGGACUUGGAGGCGUAACAAAUGGAGGCAAAACAACUCUGGCAGGAAAGCUGAAGAAACUGCUUCCCAGUUGUACUAUAAUUUCCCAAGAUAACUUUUUUAAGCCUGAAUCUGAAGUGGCCAAAGAUGAUCGUGGAUUUCUCCAGUAUGAUGUACUUGAUGCCUUGUACAUGGAGACAAUGGUGGCAAGCAUACGUUCUUGGAUGGCAAAACCAGAAGACUCUGCAUUACCAAGAUCACCCAAUAAUACACAUGAUGAUCAGACAGGAGCAAAAGAUUUUCGGGUCUUAAUUAUUGAAGGUUUCCUUCUGUUUAACUACAAGCCCCUUAGUGAUAUAUGGGAUAAAAAAUAUUUCUUAACAAUUCCUUAUGAAGAAUGUAAAAGGCGAAGAAGCAACAGAAUAUACAAUCCACCAGACCCACCUGGUUACUUUGAUGGACAUGUGUGGCCCAUGUAUCAGAAACACAGGAGAGAAAUGGAAGAAAAUGGAAUGAGCAUCGUUUACUUGGAUGGCACAAAAUCACAGGAAGACCUCUGUUCAAGGAUAUAUAAUGAUACAAUGGAGGCAUUGGAAGAGAAGUGAGCAAGGCAUUGUUAUGCAUGCAUAAAUAUGGUUCCCAGCCUGGACAGUUUCAAUAACAACCACUUCAUGAAUCACGGAAGAACAUCCCACACCUUGCGAAUUGACAGAAAAGCAGUAAAAAUUAAAUGAAGAAAACUCAGCUCUUCUGUACUAUUGGAUAUAUUGGUUGUGGUUCGGUACGAAUUCAGUUGUUGCAAUUCCUCUCUCUUUCUUCUUAAUAAAUAUUGUCAAAAACUUA